UUCCUUUGAAUAAAAGUAUCAAAGAAAUCCAUACAAUGAUUCAUUUAAAUGGAUUUAAUCGAAAUUCAUUAAGAAUUUCUAAAAAUUUGAAAAUUGAUAAAAGAUGUUUCACCAAAUAUACCAUCAAUCAAGAUAAAUUGAAUAAAUAUUCAAAAAUUAUUACUCAAGACCCUGGUCAAGGGGCUUCUCAGGCUAUGUUAUAUGCCACUGGGUUUAACGAUGAUGAUAUGGAUAAAGCCCAAAUCGGGGUUGGUUCUGUUUGGUGGUCCGGUAACCCUUGUAACAUGCACCUUAUGGAUUUAAAUCAUAAAUGUAACGAUUCGGUUAAUAAAGCUGGGUUAAAAGGUAUGCAAUUUAAUACGAUUGGUGUUUCGGAUGGUACCACUAAUGGGACCACCGGUAUGAGAUUCUCUUUGCAAUCAAGAGAAAUCAUUGCCGAUUCGUUUGAAACAAUGAUGAUGGCUCAAAUGUACGAUGGUAAUAUCGCCAUUCCUUCUUGUGAUAAAAAUAUGCCCGGUACCUUAAUGGCUAUGGGUAGACAUAAUAGACCCUCUAUCAUGGUUUAUGGGGGUACCAUCAUGCCGGGUUCUCCUUCUUGUGGUGGUAGCAAUAAAAACCCAAAUGUUUCCGAUACCAUCGAUAUCAUUAGUGCUUUCCAAUCUUAUGGUCAAUACUUAGCAAAAGAUAUUACUAACGAUGAAAGAAAAGAUAUCAUCAGAAACGCCUGUCCUGGUCCUGGUGCCUGCGGUGGUAUGUACACCGCUAACACCAUGGCUUCUGCUGCGGAAGUCUUGGGUAUGUCUUUACCUUACUCUUCCUCUUCUCCAGCAGUUUCAAAAGAAAAAGCUGAUGAAUGUGAUAACGUUGGUUUUGCAAUUAAAAACUUAUUGGAAUUGGAUUUAAAACCAAGACAAAUCAUGACUAAAGCCGCUUUCGAAAAUGCAAUCACUUAUAUCAUCGCUACCGGUGGUUCAACUAAUGCGGUCUUACAUUUAAUUGCCAUUGCUCACUCGGUUGGGGUUAAACUAUCAGUUGAUGAUUUCCAAAGAAUCAGUGAUAAAACUCCUCUUUUAGCAGAUUUUAGACCUUCCGGUAAAUACGUUAUGGCUGAUUUACAAAAAUUCGGUGGUACCCCUGCUGUUAUGAAAUUAUUAUUAAAAGAAGGUUUCUUAGAUGGUACUCAAUUAACUGUUACUGGUAAAACUAUGGAAGAAAAUUUGAAAGACUUGCCUGGUUUACCAGAAGUUCAAGACAUCGUCAUGCCUUUAUCAAAUCCUUUGAAACCAACCGGUCACUUGCAAAUCUUGAAAGGUUCUUUAGCCCCAGGCUCUGCUGUUGGUAAAAUCACCGGUAAAGAAGGUACCUAUUUCAAAGGUAAAGCUAGAGUUUACGAUGAAGAAGCUGCCUUCAUUUCUUCUUUGGAAAAUGGUGAAAUCAAAAAGGGUGAAAAAACCGUUUGUGUCAUUAGAUAUGAAGGUCCAAGAGGUGGUCCAGGUAUGCCAGAAAUGUUAAAACCUUCUUCUGCUUUAAUGGGUUAUGGUUUGGGUAAAGAUGUUGCUCUUUUAACCGAUGGUAGAUUCUCCGGUGGUUCCCAUGGUUUCUUAAUUGGUCAUAUUGUUCCUGAAGCUGCCGUAGGUGGUCCAAUUGCUUUGGUUCGUGACGGUGAUGAAAUCGUUAUUGAUGCUGAUAAUAACAAAAUCGAUGUCCUUGUCGAUGAAGCCACUUUAGCCGAAAGAAAGAAGUCCUGGGUUGCUCCUCCUCCAAGAUACAACAGAGGUACCUUAUGGAAAUAUGCUCAAUUGGUUAGUGAAGCAAACGUUGGUUGUGUUCUCGAUCCAACUGACAAGCUCGAUAACUAAUCGUUUCCUCUGGCUUUUUUCUUUGCUUGUUAAUUGUUCUUUAGUUCGUCCCGGUUUACGUGUAUAUAUAUGGUUAAGGAUCGUCAUUUGAAAGACUCCUUAUCUUUAUUAUUUAUUUUUGUCAUUAUUAUUAUCUCAAUUGAGUGUUUUUUAAUUUUCUUUCUUGCUUUUACUUCACUGUUCAUCUUCUAUAUUUGAAUUACAGAAUUCAUUGAAUGAAGCUCUUCAAUCUUUG